AUUUCAGAAAAAAAGUUCACAGAUGCAAGCUUUUGAGAACGCGCUACUAGAGCAAAUCAAGGAAGUGUUAGUGGCUGAUCGUUUAGAUGAUUCGAAAGUUAAAGUGGUAGUAGAAGUGCUUAAGCUUACUGGUCGUUAUUUGGAUAUAGAUGAAGGAACCUCGAAAAUUAACGAGAUUCUCACACAAUUGAAUGCUAUUGCCAAAGCACAUCCAGCUAUCAGCGAUUCUGUGAAGGAACGAAUACUAAGUUUGAAUACGUGGCGUGAAAACAAAUGGGAUGUGAGAAAUUUUCGAACUAAUAAAGAAGAAAAACCAGCAAUUGAUCAAAGUCGUAGAGAAAAUGAUCAAGGCUUAACGCCAUCUUGCUCAUCCAGUUUCAUCAUUGGCCCUGAUGGACAGCCACUGACCGAAGAAGAACGAGCUUUCCUGGAAGAGAGCUUUCGUAAACUGGAUAAUAAUGAUACGAUUUUGGACAAUGAUGAUGUGAGCGAUGAGUACGAUGAAUUUUUGUCGGCAGUCGCUAAUGAAGAAGCCAAAAAAUGUGUGGCAGAAAUGGAAAUGGCUGAAAUAGAAAAGCAGAUGGCAAGAACUAAUCUGGAUAGUGAAGGUGAAAUCCCUCAAAAUCGGGAUGAAAAGAACAAAGAUAUUAAUACAUAG